GUAUACUGUUAAAAUAGAUUUAAAAAACACCGGGCCUGGAGAACAUUUAAUUUGUUGCCAUCGGAGCGUUGUUAAUUUCUAAGAAAUUUUACUACACUUUAAAUAUUGUCCUGAACAUUAAAAAAUUCGGGAUCAAUGGAAUUAAAUUUGGAGACUUUAAGUGACGAAGAAUUCAGAAAAAGAGUACCGGCUGUUGUGUAUCUUGGAUUUCUGAUUUUACUCGGACUCCCGGGUAAUGUUUCUGUAUUGAUUGCAUACACCCGAUUCUACAACAGAACAACACACAGAGUCUUCAUUCUCGCUCUUGCUGCCGUUGAUACAGUUUCUUGUAUUAUAAGCAUGCCAUUUGAGAUAGUAGAAUUGAGAUACCAGUAUACUUUCUAUGCGGAGGCUGCGUGUAAAUCUUUCCGAUUCAUCACCGGUGUCUUUGCUGUUGUAUCGCCCAUGGUUCUAAUGGGUCUUGCCUUUAAUCGCUUUAGACUGGUUUGUCAACCUUUGAAGCCACAGAUGACUAUAAAAAUGGCGUACAUUGGCUGUGGGAUAUCGUUUGCACUUUCCCUUCUUUUAUGUCUACCUACCAUUCCUUUCACUGGAACGAGACUAGUGCAACUGAAAAAUAAUAUAACUGGAUAUGAUUGCUCUGUUGAUGACAAUUUCAAGAACUCGAAGUUUCGUAUCUAUUAUUACGGAUUUUUGACCCUUCUCGUGGUUAUUUGCAUCAUAGUAUUAACAGUCAUCUAUUCAUGUAUAGCCAGAAGAGUUUACCAACAUACGAGACACAAGGCGAAAAUAUUGAAAAGGACAGCUCAAAACCUUAAACGAACAGAUGAAAAGGGUCAUAUCAUUAAACCAACUGGAAACCAGUCGAUCAACCUGGAGUUGUCUCUCACGUCUGAAGACAUUUCUCAAAGGACUGAAGAAACUGCCAUAUCAAACCAAAACAAAGAUGUAAGAACCAAGGACAAUAAUACAUCAAAACGUAAAUCCGUUCCCUUGGAGACUAAUGUUAAAAAAUCUGUCACAAAAAUUGCUUUCCUUGUGAGUUUCGUUUUCAUCAUCAGCUACGUGCCGCACUUAGUUUUGAACAUUGGGUCUUCCAUAAAGGGAUAUUACUUCGUCCCACCGAGUCCCCUGGCUUCCGCUAUUCUACCUAUCCUAUCGAGGUCUUACUUCCUGAGCAGUGUGUUAAAUCCCAUCAUUUACUGCUUCUGUGAUGCCAGGUUUAGAAAUGUGCUGAAAAGAGCAGUUCACGUGAAUUGUGAAUGACGCUAAUAUUUAAGGUAGUACUCUACAUCGUCAUAAUGGAUGACUUCCUUUAAAAACAUGGAUGAAAAAAUCGAUAUCAGCAAUACUUGACUUUUCCUUUUCCAUUUAAAUACAUAACCGAGUAGUUCAGUAGGUUAGAAUACUGACUGCUGAACUGUAGGUCGCAGGUUCGAGUCCAGCAGGGGUUUUACAUUUUUUUUCUCCAGAUUACCUUCUACUAAAACUGUAUUUUUUGACAAAAUAAAGUAAAUUUGAAAAUUUUCAACUUCAAAAUAUUGUUGUACAUAUCCUUCACUUUUCAUAUACAUCAAAUUUCUCUAAUGUAGCAUACCUCCUUAACAGAAUAUUGAAAACCUAGUUUUUGCUCAAAUCUCAAACGUUUAGCAUAAGUAGUUCUUGUUCUUUCGCCAAGCGCCCGAAAUUAAAAGUAAAAGCCACGAGUUACACGACCUUAAGGGGUACUCUACAUCGGCAUUAUGGCUAACGUCCUUUUCAAACGUUGAUGAAAAUAUCAAUACAUGUAUAUAUUCAUUUCAAAUAUCAUUGCCUAGCUGGUUAACUUAGUAGGUUAACGCGUCGAUCGCGGUUUCGAGUACAGCAGGGGUUUUAAUUUUUUCAGAUUGCUUUCUACUAAAUAAAGUAAAUUUGAAAGUUUUUAAGUUCUAUUAUAUUAUUGCACUUUUCAUCCAUAUCAAAUUUCUCUGUUAUAGCAUUCCUAUUUAAAACAGCGUCACGAUAUAGGCAUUGAAACAGGAAAGAACUCGAUGCCGAAGAGCCAUGCAGAAUAGGUCAAAAUUUGUGGCACUUUAGCUAGAGCUGGUGAUGUUUCUUCAUAAUGUAUCGAAUGGGACGUAAACACCCAAAACAAAACAACCCUAUUCACCACCAUGCAUAUUUACAUAAUAGGAACAACUUGAUCUUAAACUAUUAGGAGAAAGAAGUUUAUGAUAGUAAUAAAUGUCUGGUUUGUU